AUGUUGACUCAUUUGUCUGAAUCGGAGGCACAUUUCAAAAGUCAGCAGCGUGGAGAGCCUGAUUUGACAAUUCAGGAGAAAUAUGACAUUGCGUGUGAAAAAUUAUUGAAAAAUCCUGCAAACUUUUUAUCACAAUUUGGACAGUUUAUUCAACAAGAACAUUUGAUAUAUUUUACACAAUUUGAAGGACAAUAUGAAAUAGAUUUUCAUGUUCGCGAAAUUCAUAAACAAUUUAAUAAGUCCAUAUGUGCAAAAACUGUAAAUAAUCGCCGUUAUUCUGCGAUGCAGAAAUUAAUGGAAGAUGGAGAAUAUUUCUCAGAAGAAGAAAUGAAAUACCGAGAUCCGUUACUUUAUGAAGAAAUGAUUGGUCAAUAUUUAACUGAUGAUGAAAUACAAAGUCGUGUUGAUAAAACAGAUUUAAAAUUUUCCAGUAUUUUAUUAAAACAUAUUGAUCAAAUUGAAGAAAAUAAACUUUAUUAUUAUCAGAAAAAUCAACAGGAUGAAGAAGAAGAGUCUGAAUUGGAAAGUGAAGAGGAAACAGAAAACAAAAAACCCAAAAUAUCUUCAGAGGAACAGCAGGAAUUGAAAACAGAAUAUAUUCAAAUGAUGCAGGAGAAAUUCCUGACAGGACAAGAUCAUCAUUUCUUUGAUUAUAGCACAGUAGAUAAAAACAGUGAAUAUGAUUCUCUACCAACUAUAGACCAGGAUGAACAGGAUAAAUAUUUUGAUGAUGAUGAUUUUGACUGA